AGCAGUGCAAGGGAUAAGGAAAGAGUAGAAUCCCAGCUCAACAAGUACAAAAUCUUCGCUGUCCUAAACGGGAGAGAGAUCCUUGAACAUCUGCUUCUCUUCCCGAGGUUCCAGUACGAGAGGAGGAAGUGGAGGGAGCCGGCGAAUGAGAAGGCGCUGGAAGCAAGAAUGGAUGAAACAUCGGCGGUGUUGGCUACCGAGAAGGGGUUGGAAGCCAAAUAUGAGGCUAUGAGCAAACUAUUAGAGAAGGAGCAGUCUCUGCGUGAAGAGACACAGAGAACAAAUCGCUUGAUCGAGAGGGAGUUGAACGAAACCAGAGCUCGAUGGAAAUCGGAGGUCGAAGUACUUCAGAAAAAGUUGUCGAAUGCAUUAGCGAAUGGAUUGGACGAGGGGAUAAAAGCCCAAGACUUUGAAGAUCGUCUCAAGAGGGAGAAAUCUGCCCGUGAACAGAUAGAGAAGAAGCUUCACAUGCUUGAGGAAGAGCUCAAAAAGGGAACGCCAUGGAAAUCAGAGGUCUAA